AUGCCUCCACGUCGACGGAAUGUACGUGAUAUUGAAUUAGAGGAGUUGAGAAGACAAGUAGAGGAGCUACAACAACAGCUUGCACGUGGAGCAGGCAGAGGACAUAACACAGGCAGUCAUAACUCAGAAAAUGGCUCAUCAACACCUGAUGAUGAGGACUACAAUCCCUUUCAUGAAGAAUCAGAUGAUCACUCAAGUCAUACAUCUGCUCCUAGACGACCUCGUAGAGAAUUCAACAAUUUUCAAGGUGCUUACAAUGUGAAAAUCACAAUUCCAGAUUUUGAAGGAAGAAACCAUCCAGAUGAAUUUAUUGAUUGGCUUAAUACGGUGGAAAGAGUUUUUGAAUACAAUGAUGUGCAUGAUCGACAAAAGGUUAAAUUAGUGGCGGUGAAAUUGAAGAAAUAUGCCUCCUUAUGGUGGGAACAUCUUAAGAAGCAACGAGUUCGUGAUGGAAAGGCUAAGAUUUGCACUUGGGAAAAGAUGAAGAAAGAGCAGCGAAAAAAGUUUUUGCCAGACAAUUACAAGCAAGAUGCUUUUCUCAAAUUUCAUAAUUUUAAACAAGGAAAUCUGUCCGUGGAAGAUUAUAUGACAGAAUUUGAGAAUCUCAUGAUGCGCUGCGAGGUGGUAGAACCAGAGGAGAAAACCAUUGCUCGAUUUCUUGGUGGACUAAAGGAGGAAAUCAGUGAUGUCGUUAAUCUGCAACCUUUCUGGACUUAUCAAGAUGUAUGUAAACAUGCUCUUAAGGUGGAGAAACAACAAAAGCCAAAGGGACGCAAUAAUCGGUUCUCAAAUCAAGCUUCUGGUACAACCCAUUCAAGUGUCGUAAGAAAAUCUCCUCCUACUGAUAAGGGGUCAGAUCUGAAAUCAUCCAAAAAGAAUGAUAGCACAGCCAAUACUAGUCGGGGAAGUGGCACCAAAGCUUCAAUGAAGUGUUUUAAAUGCCAAGGUUAUGGACACAUAGCCUCUGAAUGUCCAAACCGUAAAGUCAUAACCAUUUUUGAGGAAGAAAUUGAAGAACAGACUCCAUGGGAAGCUGAAGGAAGUGGCCAAGAGGAUGAGGAGAUUACUUAUGAAGAUCAGGGAGAAUCUUUGGUAAUUCGAAGGAGUUUGAAUAGUAUGCAAGCUCAAGAAGAUUCUUGGCUUCGUAGUAACAUAUUCCAUACAAAAUGCACUUCACAAGGAAAGGUGUGCAAUGUCAUCAUAGAUGGAGGAAGCUGUGAGAAUGUGGUGUCCAACGACAUGGUUCAAAAAUUAAAUUUGAAGACGGAGAAGCAUCCACGUCCUUAUAAGCUAUCAUGGUUUCGCAAAGGCAAUGAGGUAAAAGUUGAUAAACAAUGUUUGGUGCAAUUCUCUAUUGGUAGUAAGUAUAAAGAUGAAGUAUUAUGUGAUGUUGUUCCUAUGGAUGCAUGUCAUUUACUUCUUGGUAGACCUUGGCAGUAUGAUAGAAGGACUCACCAUGAUGGUUAUAAAAAUACCUAUACUUUUGUUAAAGAUGGUGUUAAGGUUAUUUUGGGCCCUUCAAAAAUGAACAACAUUCCUAAACCUUGUAAAGGGGAAGGAAACAAUCUACUGUCAAGAGCAGAAAUUUGCAGGGCUGUUCAUGAGUCCGAGAAAACUUAUGCCUUGGUUGUCUUAGAAGAAAAUGAAGAGGUAUCAGCACCAGUGCAGCCUCUACUUCUUGAAUUUUCAGAUGUAGUUCCUGAAGAAAUACCACCUGGCCGCUGCCUCCAAUGA